GUUGCGACAGUUGUCGCUCCUUUACGGCCGGUGAUGACAUGUCAACAACAAAUAUGGCAACCAGCAGUAACUACUGGGAGGAUUUACGUAAACAGGCCAGACAGCUGGAGAAUGAGCUGGACCUGAAGCUCGUCUCCUUCAGUAAACUUUGCACCGGCUACAGCAGCAGCCAGGAGCAGCGGUCAAGAGACAGCAGGUCUGAUUCGUUUGGUUCAUCUCAAGACGGAGUGCUUGUGCCCAUGACAACUGAGCUGGAGCAGCUCUUGGCAAAACUUACAGUGACCAAUGACAAAAUGGCAGAAUACACAAACUCCCCAGGAGCUUCACAUCAUAAUGCAGCAGUAAUGCACACCUUACAGAGACACAGAGACAUUUUAAAGGACUACACUCAUGAGUUCCAAAAAACCAAAAGCAACUUCUUCAGUCUGCGGGAGCGAGAGGACCUGCUGGGCUCUGUUCACAGGGACAUUGAGUCCUACAAGAACAGCACGGGGGUGAAUAACAGAAGGGCCGAGCUCUUUCUGAAGGAACAUGAACAUCUCAGAAACUCUGAUAGCCUUAUCGACAAUGCAAUAAGUAUCGCCAUGGCUACCAAAGAGAACAUCACAUUUCAGCGUGGGAUGUUGAAGUCCAUUCAAACCAGGGUCACAACUUUAGCCAAUCGUUUCCCUGCCAUCAACAGUCUUAUCCAGAAAAUCAAUUUGCGCAAGAGGCGGGACUCUUUAAUUCUAGGUGGGGUGAUUGGCGUCUGCACCAUAUUACUAUUGCUCUACACUUUCCACUGAUGGCCGGGGAGACGUUCAUGCAACUCAGAUCAACCCAUGCCAGGGUGUUUUUUAUGCUCUUGUGUUUUCUUCUUAAUGUAUAAUCCCUCCCUCCCCCCCCUGAAAAAUCACAGUUAAAAGAAUAAAAGGGUUUAAUUUGUGUAUUUGGUAUGUUGUGGAGGAACUAUUUCCCUCACAUUGCGCUCCGGUGAUGUUAUCCUUUCCUAAUGGAGGCGUCGAGCUCACUUCCAAGCAGGUCAUGCUCAUUCAAGUUUAUUUCAGACAUGCAGAACUAUGGCACAAUAAACCAGUCAUACAGUAUAAAUGUAUAAACAUGAACAUCGGAGUGGCAAGAUCAGUGCAUACACGGGGAACAGCCCCCUUCAUCAGUUGCAGUAUAUUGUAAACAUAACAAGGUUUGGAGUCCAAAGAGGAAUCAGUACAGUUUAUCAUGUUAGCGCGCGAAGCAGGAUACGACACAAUGACUGCAGAAAGGCAUUGUUGUAAUAAAUAUGUGUUAAACGUCGUGUAAACAGUGUAUGAAAAGAGCGUAUACAUCUUCUCAUAGCCGUGGAAGUCCAGUGUGAAACAAGGGAAGGUCUUCACUGCAAAUAUCAGGAGAAACAGGCGGCGGGGGCGUUGCAGGCUGGAGGACUCUGGUGUGUCUUACACAUCAUACAGUUGUUUCUUUUUUAACAAUGAUUGUUAUUUUAAAUUCAGAAUUAAGAGCUUUCUUUUCAGUGGUUGUUUGAGGGAUUCACUUGGUGAACUCAUUACGUGUGACUUGAUCUGUGAGCCGUUUGCUCUUUUUCCACAAACUGUCUUAACCCGACAGUCCCACACGGUAACUGGGAGCAUCCUUCCUUUUCUCUUGAUUCCUGAGUUUGUGGAGGUUAGUGGACAUAAAGAUAAAAAAAAGAUAAAUGAUUUGUACUUUCAUUCCUUUUUUCUUUUUCUUUUUUUUAAGUACAUUGCAGGAAAAAAAGAAGUUGUUCAUUGGAGUCUCUUCAGCCAGUUUUCGACUCAUAUUUGUGCUUUUUCAUCUUCAAAAUGACACCAUCCUCUUUUCUUCUGUGCAAAUUCCAGAUCCGAUGAAGUUAAAGGAGACUCUCUCCAUCCCACACUUCACUUUGCGGUCUCUGAGAGACAGAGCAGAGACAUUAGGACACACAUUGUUGUACGGAACCGUGUGUGUGUGUGUGUGUGUGUGUGUGUGUGUGUGUGUGUGUGUGUGUGUGUGUGUGUGUGUGUGUGUGUGUGUGUGUGUGUGUGUGUGUGUGUGUGUGUGUGUGUGUGUGUGUGUGUGUGUGUGUGUGUGUGUGUGUGUGUGUGUGUGUGUGUGUGUGUGUGUAGGGAUGUUUCCAUACCUAAUGUGAACACUAUGAAGAUGAUCACAGCCACACCCAGCAACAUUGCCAGAACACUAAGCAUCAUAGAGAGACGGCCGUAUUUCUUUGCUCCAUCAAUAUCUCCAGUGUGGAGAACAGUCCUCGACUAACGGGGAAGGAGACCAGCCAGUCAAUAAUUACAUUAAACACAGGAGCAAACCACCUGUACGGCUCACAAACAUUACAUUUAUAACCAGUACUCGAGUUGUAAAAAGAAUCAGGGGGGAUGGUGGAUUUUAUCAUAUGGGGACAGAU